AGAUAAAAACAAAUCAUAACACCAGGAUUAUUUUAGAGCACCUUACAUAUUCAUGAUCAGGACAAAAUACUGUGUCUAACAGUCAUAAAGUCUCCAUAAAUCUUGUAAAAGAAAGUCGGUAGAAUUCGUAGAAACGUCCGACAUGGAAUAUAAUUACCUCGGCCGCUCGGGACUUCGUGUUUCCAAUAUUUGUUUAGGGACUAUGACGUUCGGCCAUCCACAGAUAGGGAAGUUAGACAAAGAGGCAUCACAUAAGGUUCUGGACAGGUUUGCCGCCCUGGGAGGAAAUUUUAUUGAUACAGCCAAUGUCUAUUCUAAAGGAGUUUCUGAGAGUAUCAUUGGCGAGUGGUUGGUUCGACAAGAAAGGGAAAAAUUCGUGAUAGCCACGAAGGUCAGAGGGGACAUGGGAGAUGAUGUAAAUAACGUCGGGUUAGGAAGGAAGCACAUCAUGGCGAGCUGUGACGCCAGCCUUAAACGUCUACAAACGGAUUACAUAGAUCUCUAUCAGGUGCACGUUUGGGACAAUGCUACUCCACCUGAGGAGUGGUUAAGGGCGCUCAACGAUUUGGUCACUUCCGGUAAGGUGCGAUAUAUUGGUGUGUCUAAUCUUUGUGGCUGGCAGCUUCAGAAGGUCGUGGAUCUCUGCAAGUCUGAGAAUUACCCGCCAAUCAUCAGUCUCCAGCAACAAUAUAGUUUACUUUGUCGGCAUCCGGAGUUUGAGGAAUUUCAAGUGUGUAAGAAUGAGGGUCUUGGUGUGUUACCGUGGAGUCCAUUAAAAGGUGGAAUGCUGACGGGUAAAUACAAGCGUGGGGAACGACCACCCCCAGCAGCUGGGAGAAUCGGACUCGUUGCCCAGGACGAGUCCAAAGCAAUGCAGAGUGCUCCGGCUUGGGGUCAGUAUGACAAUAACGAAAGCUUCUGGAAGCUAAUGGAUGCCAUGGAGAAAAUUGCCAAAGAACAUGGUAAGUCCAUACCACAGGUGGCUCUCCGGUGGUUACUUCAGAAGGAUGUGGUUCCCUCUGUCAUCAUUGGAGCCAACUCUAUUGAGCACCUAGAAGACAAUGUCGCGGCUAUUAACUGGAAACUUUCAAAAGAAGAGAUGGAGGAGCUCGACACCCUAUCCAAACCAGAAACUCCGUACCCAUACGAGAUGUUAAAUCGCAUGAACAUCAGCAGAGUGAAUUCCUUCUAUCCUCGCCCAUAUGUUGAGAACAAAUUUUAAAAACCUACAUCUUUACAUAAACUGUAGGUGAAUUAAUUAUUUGGCGUGUACAGUAACUGCAGACAUUUUUUAACAAGUUAGCGUACAUAUAUAUCUGAUUUAGCCUUUCUGAGUUUGCUCUAUUCGAAAAUAUACACACGAGACAUUUUGUACUUGAUGUAAUGGAAGUCACUUAUUGUGAAAAACGAUAAAUAGAGUACAUAACAAAAAUUAAUGUACUUUACAGUAUAAUGGGAUAUAUGAACAAAUAAAUAGCUCUUAUCGGGAGCCGAAGUUC